AUGAAUGUCAAUGAAGCUUGGAUCUUGAUGAAUUCUACCAGUUACGUAUCUCACAUGGCACAUCUAUUGUUCCAGAGAGAUGCACAGACCAUCACACCAGAAGCCCUUGAGAAUGUGAAAGCUGCAUUGGCAAGUAGCGAAACCGAACACAAAGCGGAAACUAAAAAGAGAGCUAUUUCUUCGUGCUUGGCUGAUGAGGGCGCUAUGUUACUCCCCUACUCAUUGUUGCAAGGGAACUCCGACUUUAAAGAGUAUGUUCUGGUGCGAACUGAUCUAGAUAAUAUGGCAAUGCCUUAUCUCACUGAUAGAACCAAGUUACCAAACGUCAUAGAUCCUGCGAUUAAAGACACAAUGGACUUGAAACACCUUUACCAGGUAGCUGCAGUGGCGGUUUUGUGCGUGCAGCCAGAACCAAGUUAUAGACCGUUGAUUACAGACGUCUUGCAUUCUCUUAUACCUUUGGUUCCAUUGGAACUUGGUGGAACCUUAAAAACUAUCAGAUCUUCUGCAUCCAUGGAUCACUGUUAA